AUGUCUUACAUCCCAGGUAACACUGCUCUGGACGAAUCAGUGCCUGAAGCCUCAGCUGGUUUGACCACCCUGGCUCACGGCCCCAGUACACUGGGUUCCCCUGUGCCUCUCCCCCAGUACACUGGGUUCCCUGUGCCUCUCCCCAGUACACUGGGUUCCCCUGUGCCUCCCCCAGUACACUGGGUUCCCUGUGCUGCUCCCCCAGUACACUGGGUUCCCUGUGCCUCUCCCCAGUACACUGGGUUCCCUGUGCCUCUCCCCCAGUACACUGGGUUCCCCUGUGCUGCUCCACCAGUACACUGGGUUCCCCUGUGCCACUCCACCAGUACACUGGGUUCCCCUGUGCCUCUCCCCCAGUACACUGGGUUCCCCUGUGCCUCUCCCCCAGUACACUGGGUUCCCCUGUGCCUCUCCCCCAGUACACUGGGUUCCCCUGUGCCUCUCCCCCAGUACACUGGGUUCCCCUGUGCCUCUCCCCCAGUACACUGGGUUCCCCUGUGCCUCUCCCCAGUACACUGGGUUCCCCUGUGCCCCUCCACCAGUACACUGGGUUCCCCUGUGCCCCUCCACCAGUACACUGGGUUCCCCUGUGCCCCUCCACCAGUACACUGGGUUCCCCUGUGCCCCUCCACCAGUACACUGGGUUCCCCUGUGCCCCUCCACCAGUACACUGGGUUCCCCUGUGCCCCUCCACCAGUACACUGGGUUCCCCUGUGCCCCUCCACCAGUACACUGGGUUCCCCUGUGCCCUCCACCAGUACACUGGGUUCCCCUGUGCUGCUCCACCAGUACACUGGGUUCCCCUGUGCCCCUCCACCAGUAUACUGGGUUCCCCUGUGCCCCUCCACCAGUACACUGGGUUCCCCUGUGCUGCUCCCCCAGUACACUGGGUUCCCCUGUGCUGCUCCACCAGUACACUGGGUUCCCCUGUGCUGCUCCACCAGUACACUGGGUUCCCCUGUGCUGCUCCACCAGUACACUGGGUUCCCCUGUGCCCCUCCACCAGUAUACUGGGUUCCCUGUGCCCUCCACCAGUACACUGGGUUCCCCUGUGCCCCUCCACCAGUGCCCCACUGGGUUCCCCUGUGCCCUCCCCAGUACACUGGGUUCCCCUGUGCCCUCCACCAGUACACUGGGUUCCCUGUGCCCCUCCACCAGUACACUGGGUUCCCCCCCCUCCACCAGUACACUGGGUUCCCUGUGUGUACACUGGGUUCCCCUCCCCCCCAGUACACUGGGUUCCCCUGUGCCCCUCCUCCACCAGCUGCAAG